CGUUCGUUCAGAAAUGCCGUUCAUCACGCUUUAAGUUCUAAAUUUGAGAACGUGAGACAGCUGAAGCCUGUUCAGGAAGAAGCACUGAUGCAGUUUAUUCGCCGAAAGGACGUAUUUUGUGUCCUUCCUACUGGUUGUGGGAAAUCGUUGAUUUUUCAACUGGUCCCGUUGGUGUGUGCGUAUUUACACAAUGAAAAGUUUAAUUAUCCUGAGAAACCCAUACUGUUGGUGAUAUGCCCUCUCAGUGCCCUGGUGGAGUCACACAUCCAAGAGCUUGCCAACUAUGGUAUUUUGUCGUGCUACCUUGGGGAUGAUGGCCUCAUGGAGAAAGAAAUUUGACAGCAUUCUAUUGUAUUUACCAGUCCUGAACUCACUGUUCGUGAGGAAAGGUGGCGAAAAUUGCUGCAAUCGCAAGAGUUUCAAGACAACCUUUUUGGUUUAGUCACAGAUGAGGCUCAUGUUGUUCCAAAAUGGUAA